UCCGGGUGAUGCUGCAGUGCCUGGGUGGCGGGAGGCGUCUAUCUCUGUGCCUCGGCCGGGCGGUGGGAGCGACUUCGGCCUGGGUUAGCGCGGGGAACGGCUUGGCGAGAGCGGCUACGUCGAACAGGAACUGUCCCAGCAGAGGUUUUAGAAAAACAGCAUUUGUAACCAUGGCAACAGGUGGCAGUGAUGGAUCACGAUGUUCGUUAGGCCCAAAGACAAAACAGCACACCAACAGAUUGAUCCAUGAGAAGUCUCCCUAUCUUUUGCAGCAUGCACACAAUCCUGUAGACUGGUAUCCGUGGGGAGAAGAGGCAUUUGCCAAAGCAAAGAAAGAAGACAAGCCAAUCUUUCUGUCAGUUGGUUACUCUACGUGUCACUGGUGCCAUGUUAUGGAACGGGAAUCAUUUGAAAAUGAAGAGAUUGGCAAAAUCAUGAAUGAGAAUUUUGUUUGCAUCAAGGUUGACCGAGAAGAGCGACCAGAUGUUGAUAAAGUUUAUAUGACGUUUGUCCAGGCGACAAGUGGUGGGGGUGGCUGGCCAAUGAGUGUUUGGCUAACCCCUGACCUCAAACCUUUUGUUGGAGGGACUUAUUUCCCACCUGAAGAUGGAUUCCACCGAUUGGGUUUUAAGACGGUGUUGAACAACCUGGCUGAACAGUGGAAGAGAAACCGGAAGGAGCUAACUGAACGUAGUAAUAAGAUCCUGACAGCCCUGCAGAAAGGGGUAGAAGUGAGUGCCAACAAAGAGGCAGUGCCUCCGUCAUGUGCUCGGGUGAUGCAGAGGUGCUUCCAGCAGCUGGUUCAUUCCUACGAAGAUGAAUAUGGAGGGUUUUCUGAGUCUCCAAAGUUCCCAUCACCAGUAAACUUCAAUUUUCUGUUCCGUUUCUGGGCUUUGAACAAGAGUGAAGAGAAAGGAGCCCAGGCGCUGCAGAUGGCUUUACACACUCUGAAAAUGAUGGCUCUUGGAGGAAUUCAUGAUCACAUUGGGCAGGGUUUUCAUCGCUAUUCCACAGAUGGGAAGUGGCAUGUUCCUCAUUUUGAGAAGAUGCUGUAUGAUCAAGGACAGCUGGCUGUGUCCUAUGUGGAAGCUUAUCAGAUUUCUGGUGACACAUUCUUUGCGGAUGUUGCUCAAGACAUUCUGCUGUACGUCUCCCGAGAUCUGAGUGACCCGUCUGGAGGUUUCUACAGUGCUGAAGAUGCAGAUUCAUACCCUACAACUCAGUCAGUUGACAAGAAAGAGGGAGCUUUCUGUGUGUGGACAGAGGAAGAAAUUCGACAACUUCUCCCAGACCCAGUCCCGGAUGCCACUGAAAACAUAACCAUGGCAGAUAUCUUUUCCUAUUAUUAUGGUGUGAAAGAGGGUGGAAAUGUUAACCCAGCUCAGGACCCUCAUGGAGAAUUGGAAAACAAGAAUGUCCUCAUUGUCCGUUACUCAGCAGAGUUCACAGCUACCAAGUUUGGCUUAGAAGUGAAGAAGGUGAAAGACAUUCUAAGUACAUGUAGAAAAAGGCUGUAUGAGAUCCGGAAACAGAGGCCACCUCCCCAUUUGGACAGCAAGAUGUUAGCAUCAUGGAACGGUCUCAUGAUCUCUGGUUUCGCUCGAGUGGGCGCAGUUCUUGGGGAGAAGGGUUACAUUCAACGUGCAGUACAGGCUGCUGGCUUCCUGAGGGAGCACAUGUUCGACUCCAGCAGCGGGCGACUCUUGCGUAGCUGCUACCGCGGAGAUGAAUGUGCGGUGGAGCAGACAGCCACACCGAUCCAUGGGUUUCUGGCUGACUAUGCAUUCGUUAUUCGUGGCCUGUUGGACCUGUAUGAAGCUUCCUUUGAUGAGCAGUGGUUGGACUGGGCUGUGAAGCUGCAGCAAGAACAGGAUUCCUUGUUCUGGGAUGCUAAAGGAUUUGCCUACUUUUCUGAUGAUGCCCACGAUCCAUCAGUGUUAAUUCGUCUCAAAGAAGACCAGGAUGGUGCAGAACCCAGUGGCAAUGCAGUAGCUGCUUCCAAUCUCGUGCGCCUGGCGAAUUUCUCCAACCGACCAGACUGGGGUGAUAGGUCAAGGCAGCUUGUGGCGGCAUUUACAAACCUGUUGGACCGUAUGCCCGUGGCACUGCCGGAAAUGGUAACUGCCCUGAUGUCACAACAUUACCCACUCAAACAGGUCGUGAUCCGUGGGGAGCUUGAAGCACUUGACACACAAGAGUUGAUACAGUGCGUCAAUAACCACUUUGUACACAACAAGAUAUUACUUCUGGCGGAUGGAAACUCCGAGAGCAGCUUGUAUCAGAUGUUGCCCUUCCUGUCAACGCUUGUAUUGAAGAAUGGUAAAGCCACAGCCUAUGUUUGCCAGAACUACUCCUGCUCCCUGCCAGUUACCUCAGCCAGGGAGCUACAGACUUUACUUGUUAAAUAAUAAUACGCAACAAUGGGCAAAUCAUUUGCUAUUAGUCUUUGCAAAUUUUAUGGAAUUUAAUUUUAAGUUUAAACUUCAAGAGUAUUAUUAUAUUUCUGGCCAAGUGGACAAGCUUCAAGAUGGUCGUAUGGGGUUGGUGAUUGUAUAUGUUCAAAACUAAUUUUUGCUCAAUUAUUAUGAUAUUUAAGUGGUUAUGACGGGUCACAGUUUUGCUUAGUAUGACAUUAGCAAGAUGUUUGCAAACACUAUCCUGUGCCCUGGUAUUGAGGGAAUUAUGCACUGCCAGAGGUUUCAUAUUUUUGGAUUAGACACAAAAUCCUUGCUCCAUCUACCCUUUUGGGUGUAUAUAAAAGAUCCAGUUGCAUUAUUUUGAAGAAAAACCAGGGGAUUUCUUCCUGGAAUCCUGGCCAGUGUUUAUCCCUCAGCCAGCACCAAAGGAAAAGCUUGUCAGUAGGUCAUUGCAGUUUGUAGAGCUUGCUUUAUAUACAAAUUGGCUGCUGCAGUCCAUACCUGGUAACAAUGACUACACUUCAGAAAUACCUUGUUAGCUGUAAAUGUUUGGGAUGUUCUGAGGUUGUGAAAGACAUUAUGCAAAUGCAAGUCUGUAUUCCUUACCAUCCCAGACAGUGCAUUAAUCUAAUAUACCUUUGGGGCUGUUUCCCGUGCCCCCACCCCCAGUCGCCAUUCUCAGCUGGGCUUCACAAUCCAUCAGUGUACCAUGGAAGCACAUGCACCUGUGAAGUCAGUUUUAAUCUUCCCAGCACUCCACUGAUAAAUACAUCACCGUCUCCCUGGAGUGCCACUCUAAGGCUUAAGCACAGCUAUCUAAAUGGACACUCCAGCAUGGUACAUGGGAAAUACAGCACUAUCAGAGGGGUGGCCUUUCUGAUGAGAUAUCUAUCCUGUUAGGACACUGAGCUUAUGACCACCCCAGCCCUUGGUUGGGACCGAAGCAUUAUCAUAGAAUCUGUAGAAUCAGUAGCUUGACUUCUGAAGCAACAGGGAGAGCUGCAGAGUGGAGAGAGAUACAAGCGGGACAGUCCUAGGGUGAGCAUCAGGACUUGUGUGUGUUUUUUUCAUUUUUGGCCAACCAGUUGUUUGCAUUUUAAAUAAAUGAUAUCUGAAGCCUCUACACUGCCUCCAUCACAGUAUUCAGAAAGAUUAGUAAGACAACUGCUGCCCAUUCCCACAGUGUGCUCAUAUGUCCUAUGACUUCUCCUUGGACCAGACUUGAACCCAAGCCUAUCUGACCCAUAGGUAGGAACGCUGCCACUGCCACAAGAAUGCCUGUCCCAAACUUUUUUUUUAUCCCUCAGUCAGCAUGCUAAUUCAGAUUACUUGGUCCUUAUUAUAAAACUGCUUCAAAAGUACCUAACUGGCUGUGAAGUGUUUGCAGGAACCUGUGGUCCCUACAUAAAUGCGAUUCUUUAUUUUUGUAAAACCCACACACUGUGACACUGAGGAUUUUGCCUGUGACAUACUGGUGCAUGAUUUUCCUUCUGGUUGUUUUCUGUGUUUGAUUUUUGACACUGGUUGUGGUCCUUAAUGCAGAAAGUAAAAUACUAAUGAUCUGAGAUAACAUGCAGAAAAUGGGGCAUUGUUCCCUACAAUCAAUUGACCGUGAUUUUGCUGUGGAUGUCGUUUGGAUACAAAGUACAAGGACUUCAUUAAUGGAGAAUGACCUAACUGCAGGCAUAAUAGAGCAUAUCUCUCAUGAUUUUUAAAGUGGUAACUAAAUAGGAUUGCUUAUUAUUGUAUUGUCAUGUUAAAAUGUCUCUGCAAAGGACAAUUGGUUAAAGAUGAGCUGCAAAUAAACAUACAAAAGUUAAA